AUGGCUGGCGUAACCAAGACCCCCAAGGCUUCCACCACGAAGAAGUCGUCGACCCCGACCGCUGCUGCGGCCACUGCUCCCAAAGCCGCCGCCGUCGCGAAGCCUUUGGCCGCCAAGAAGCCUACCAAGCCCUCCGGUCCUUCUUACGAGGAGAUGAUCACUGUCAGUACCUCAUGCUGCACCACAUGUCAAUGUCACUAUCGAGUCGCAAGACGUGCUGUAGAACGCGUGUAUCGGCGCUGAUUUGAACUCGCGCGUCAUCCCCACCCACCCCACCGACCUCGGGUCUCGUCCGGUGUUGCCAACCCCGACCGCUGUCGUCGCUCCCUCGUCCGCGCUCUCUCCGAACAGGCCGCUAUCAAGGCCGAAGGCGAUGCUCGCAGCGGUGCCUCGAGGCCCGUGAUCAAGAAGUGAGUCGAGCUGUCUUUGCUAUCGUAUGUGUUGUCGAGUGGUGCACGUGUUGUUGUGCCUUGAGACGGACCGCGAUUCACCCGAGACGUCUGAUCCCAUUCUUGGCCGCGCGCGCGUGCGCGCCUCGAAUGUAAACAACGGGGCUCGCCCCCUCUCGACGGUCGAUCUAUGCGCGUGCUACCGACCGCCACACCUUAUGUAUCGACUUGAUACGAGCUGUGCGAUCACGGUUCGACGCUUGUUUAUCAUAUUUGAGAUGUCUUGUUCUGACCAUGCCCUGCCUUCUUUCCCUGUACCGCUUCGCUCUCUUCGUCGCGUGAUUGCCCACCUCGCUCAACUCGCCGCCCCUCGUUCCCCUUCCCUACUCCGUCGUCACCUCGAUCGCGUGCCCUCGUGCUCGUUUCAUUGCAUCGGCUAUAAUCCCGCCAUGAUUUUUACCUCAUCCUCGUGGAUUGUAUCUUUUAUUACGAUACGAAUCAACCUCGCCGCCUCAAAAGGUACUUGCUCGCGACCUACAAGAUGGCGGAUGGCGCCGGCUUCGAUUCCAAGAUUGCCGCUGCGGUUCGUCGAGGUGCCGACAAGGGAACUUUCGACCUCCCCAAGGGCAUUGGUGGCAAGAUCAAGAUUGGUAAACCCUCCAAGGAGGUGAGUUCUCGGCAAAACUACAGUACUGUUCCCGAAAGCGAAGCGUGUGCAAUACACCUUGCAGCACGUUUGCAUCCUCCGCCGCCCGGAGCUGCGUGCAACCGACUCAAGCACAGGAGCUGAUCCGGCUUCUUCUCCGUCUCUUCUACUCUUUCCAUCGUCCUUGAUCUACACGUUCUCCCGGUUUGUGCUGUGACUUGGUUGGCUACAGAACGUCCCCGCCAAGAAGCCCAAGAAGGCCGCUAGUGACAAGAAGGUGCGUCGCUCGUCUUGCCCACGCUGCCGUCGCGCUACUUGAGCGACCCUCGCCUCGAGUUCGAGCUGACCUUGCUCGCGUUCCGCGCCCCUUCACUCGAUCAUACAGGUGCUUACAAGUCCUCCGACUCUUGUUUGACCAUCCAAAUGGCCAUUUUUACUAAUACAAUGCCAAUACAUUGCAGUCUGUCCCUAAGAAGACCGCGGCCAAGAAGGUAAGCUCGUGCUUGUGCUCGAGUCGAUGUGCUUCUCCGACUACCCUCACGCGGAGACUGAGUGGACUUGUAUUUCUUCCUGUUCCAGCCCGCUGCCAAGGCUACUGCUGCGAAGAAGGUACAUUUUUUUCUAUUUCGCCGCCGUGUGGAGGAAAUCCGUCGAGCCGAUCUGGAGCUAACUGUUCCGAUCCAUCGCCCGUCUUCCUUCCCCUCGCUCUUGCCGCACUCGGUCCUUGUGUACCACAGCCCGCCGGCGAGAAGAAGCCUUCCGCCAAGGUCAGUUGGUUGACUUGUUCCAUCACACCACGUCGUCGAUUACGUUGCUCAUACAAACGCCUUAAACGCCAUCCCUCCCACUGUCAGGUUGCCGCUGCCAAGAAGCCUGCCGCUGCCAAAAAGCCUACAACCGUCGCGAAGAAGGCUCCCGCUGCCAAGAAGCCUGCCGGUGAGAAGAAGCCUGCCGCUGCCAAGGUAAGUCGAGUAGACCAGGUCAAGAUGAUGUCUAGUGGUACCGGUGCUGAUCACUCAAAUGCGCUACGUCCGAACGCGAACAGGCCACCGGCGCGAAAAAGGUGCGCGACUGACACCCUAGCCCCUGUCUUUCGACCCCUGCGCGAGCCGCUGAACCUGGCCGUGCGUUCCCUCACAGACUCCCGCUGCCAAGAAGCCCGCCGCGGAGAAGAAACCCGCUGGUGAGAAGAAGCCUGCUGCCGCCAAGAAGGUACGUCAAUCGCUUUGAUAUGUUACCGUCAUUGUUGAACCGCUGUCGCUGACAUCGCUGGAUGCGCUCAGGCCCCCGCUGCCAAGAAGGUCGCCGCGACGAAGAAGGUUGCCGGCGAGAAGAAGCCCGCCGCUAAGAAGACGGUCGCUGCCAAGUCGGUCGGUAAGUGAAAGAGUGAUGCCAUAAUGUCACUGUUCAACCUUUUGGGACAUCGGACUGACGUAUAAUCUGCGUUGUUUGGGCUCCUUUCCAGCUAAGAAGGCCGCACCCGCCAAGGUAUGCCGCCCGCUCCAUCGGACUGUGUCAUUCUGUCGUAUCCGCUGACGCCUUCGUUGUGUCUUUCUACUCAUUCAGGCAAAGGCUGCGACCAAGCCGAAAGCUGCCAAGAAGUAA